AUGUAUUUGAAUAGAAAUCCAACUGGAUCUAAUGGUGACACUGAAGAUGAACUCCAGAAAGUUCUGGAUAUUAAAGCAAAAACCAAUUUGACAGCACUUGAGGAGAGUUUGAAAACUCAAUUGAAAUCAAUUGAAUCACAAAUUGAUAAAGAAGUAAACAUACGGUUAGCAAAUCGCAUACUUAUAUCAAACAAAAGUCCACUGUUGAAGACAUUUGAGACAUUUGUUGACAAUAUAUUCAAUACUCACAUAAAAAGUGCUAAUUUUAUGAAAAACUAUCAUUUUCUGAGAGCCGAAAGUAAUGAAUGGAUUAAAAGCGAAACAAAUAAUAUAUUUAAAAAACUUUUCGACAACGAGUUGUCCAGUAAUACGUCGAUAGCAUUGGCCAACAGUGUCUUUCUGGAGGCCUUUUGGAAGAAUGCUUUUACACAGAAAUACACGACAAAAGACAACUUCUUUGAUGAGACACAACCCGAUGGCAUAUCAGUGGACACAAUGAAGAUAUGGAAACAAUACAAAUACAUUGUUAACAAUUCAUUAGAUGUUAUGGCAAUUGAAUUGCCAUUUCGUUACGAAAGUGAUAUCUCAUUAGUAAUUUUAAUGCCCAACAAUGGACACGGAUUAGAUGAGUUAACCUUUAAGUUAGACAUUCACUCAUUGAAAGUUAUACUCAAUGAAUUGGAUGUAUCGGAGGAAAAGAAAUUGGUGUUAUCUUUGCCUAAAUUCACCAUAAGAUCAGAAUAUAAUUUGGAGGACGUGUUCAACGGUUUGGGUCUAAAAACAUUGUUUGACUCCACGGCUAACUUAACUGAUAUGACUGGCGACACAACUCUGCACUUAUCUCAUGGCAUACAUAAGGCAUACAUUGAGAUCAAAGAGGAAGGUCUUCAGUCAUCACAAUUGUCUCAACUGUUAUAUUCGCCUUCAGUUCAGUUCAAUAAUCAUCCGUUUGUGCGACACUUUCCCAUCAAAGUUAAUAAACCUUUUAUUUUCAUUAUAAGAGAUUAUAAUACAGAUAUAAUGUUAGCAAUGGGACAGUUGAGGACUCUAUAA